AUGAAUCCAGACCGAGCUACUCCCUUGAUGCAGGAGGCACAAGAGAUUUUGGAGAAUUGGAAAAGUCAAGAACAAAACGAAAGGAGAGGAGGAUUCGGUGAGGAUGAGAGGCAGGGAGAGGAGAGGAAGCUUGGCCUAAUCUGUGCGUGUUCUUCCUCAAACUUGAGCGACAACGAGGCUCCAAAAUGGGAUGUGAAGGUUAGGGUUUGUGAGCUAGCUUUUCAUUAUAAUUCCGGUGAUUAA